AUGGAGGAAUCCAACCCCCCUGGCUCGGGCUGGCGCAUCUCUAAAGCUUGCCAGGAGUGCCGUAAGCGCAAGAUCCGCUGCAAUGGCCUAAACCCUUGCAAAACAUGUCAGCAGAGGGAAACCCCCUGUGUGUAUAGAGAUUUUAUUCGACAUCGCAGGAAGAAAAAUGAGUAUCGAGAGGCACACAGUCACGGCCAGGCGCGUCGGGCUUCUCCUGACUCCACAAUGCAGCCUUCCCGGCCGCGGAGCUCGUCGGUUAUGAAUAAUUUCCCCAAUAGUGUCUCAGCAACCCAUAUGACAUCGCCAUCAUGUCAAAUGCAGCUCUAUUAUGGCCCGACGUCGCAUUUUGCGCUCAUGCAGCACAUCUAUCGGGACCUUAUCGCCAAUCCAACUGCUCAUCCGGGGCCAUCAACUGGAGUUGAUGAAGCAGGCGCUGGCUUGGAUCUUUUCAGCUUCCGUCGUAUCUUCUUUGGAACGCCGGAUACUCAAGAUGCAGGGAAAGUAUCCAGUAUGGGCGACGUGCCGGUGAUGUUUUUGCCCUAUGAUCUUGCCAAGAUGUUUCUUACACGAUUCCUUUCCUCGCUAUAUCAUAUGACGCCUCAUCAUCCGCCAGCAUACUUUGAAAACUGCUUGGAACAAUUGUACAAUCCAUUUCCUGGCAAACAUCCCGACACUCUCACUCAGGCCACCAUAUUACUCGGGUUGGCAACUGCGGCUGUAGGCACAGAAUACUUUGCGUGGGGCGAUAUUCUAUAUGAACGGGUAAAGGCAUCGCUGACAUCUUACGACGAGGUCGUCAAUCUUCAAACUGUUCAAAUUUCAUUGCUUAUGAUAAGUUGCGUCUUUUCCUUUUAUUUUCAUUGCGGUUGCGCUGACGAGAAUUUCCCACACGCCAAUUACCAAAAUGAGCAGGGUCGGCCAAAUUCUGCAUUUCUCCAUCUUGGAUCGGCCGCUCGCAAAGCACUCGCCGCUGGUUUGCACAAGGAUGUACCUUAUGGUGAGGUGCAAACCCCAGAAACGGUCGAAAUGCGUAGAAUUACAUUCUGGUCUCUUUAUCUUUUCGAAACAUGGUUCUGCUUCCACACGGGCCGUCCGAGCUCGCUGUCGCUGAAAGAUGUCGCCAUCGAAAAUACGCAAGAUCCAUUCAUGCGAAGUCUGGUUCAUCUCUGCAAAACGAUAUCUCGCUCCACCGACGAAAUAUACGGCCAAAACCACGAGUCUUUGCUACACAUGUGGCGCGUCGCACGUUCAAUUAACAAUGAUCUUCGUGGACAUGAGGAAUUCGCGCGACAGAUGGGAUUUGGCCUUGACGCCAGUAUACAAACAGGCUCUAUGGGCAUUCGGCAAACGAUUUUCACAACCCUGUACUAUCACACACUCCUGUUGACAUUUCGCCCUUUCUUGAUAUUUCGCGGCCACUUGCUGCGGCAAAAAAAGGUGGCGGCUAGUCAAGCCAUUGGAUCAUCCAAUCGCGCAAAAGAGAUUCCCUCUUGGUUAAAUGAGGCAUGCCAGCAUACCCUCACGGCCGCACGGAAGACCAUUCAUCAUUUGAGCGAAGCAUCUCGUGUCAAUGAUCUUGUUAGGCAACUACGAUACCAUGGGUAUUUCCUCGGAAGCUCCGCCUUCACACUAAUUUACGAUUUAAUUCAUGAUACUGCAGCUGCGGCCGCUCACCUGCCAUGGGUAUAUGCUUCCUUGCAGACUCUGUCUACAAUGAGACCGGGGGACCCAAUUUCCAGCUCUAUAGCAGCUAUUCAAACAACUCUGCGAAAUAUCAACCCAUCCUAUGAAUGGUUACAAUGUCCCAAAGCCGGGGGAAAUAAUGCUGUCGGUGUCGGAAGCAAUUCUUAUCUUUCACGAGCGCAGGACACCACAGAUAGUCAACAAGCACCGCUGAACGGCCUCGCCUUUCCUUCAAAGUCUGUAUUGGGACCAAGUCCCGAUCUAUCACCAUCGCAAUGGAGUUUGCCUCAGCUUGAGGGACCGGAAACUGGUCGAUCUGGUGGGUCGAACGAAGACCUUCUCGAUUUCACUCAAUCUGAUAUGGGGUGGGAUUUUGAUUUCUCAACCAUGGACUUGGAGGCAUUCUUCUCUGUCUAUCAGUCAAGUGAUCCCCUGUUUAUGCAAUGA